AUGAAGCUCUCCGUCGCAGCCACCAGCUUCCUUGCUGGCCUAGCCGCCGCGGCACCAUCAUACCGUGCUCUAGACGCGUACGAAGAGAAGGCUCUGGAGAAGCGUCAGCUCGAAGCCCUCUCCAUCGCCAUCAUCGCCGGAGCAAUUUCAGGUGUUGUGUCCGCCUCAGCCUCCUUUGCUAUCCAAAAAAUCGCAUCGAUAUCCAGCAAUGUUGCAGACUGGGACGACGCCCGGGAGGAGUUCACACAAACCACCGUGGAGGAGAUGAUUAAGUCAGCGAAAAGCAACGAAGCUGCGAUCUGUUGCAAUGUGGGCUACUCGGUGUCGGACCAGUCCAAAAUACGGGGGCUCACGAGUCUGAAUCUGAUAUCAGGGCCUCUGAAGACUGAUUAUGAUUGUUUCUUUUAUUCGGGCCCUGGCACCUUCCAGCUUGAAGGCAAUGGCGGUUUCAUCAACAUUGCCAUCCAGGAUGGACCUUGCAAGUACAACUCGGGCACGCUCACUUGCCCGUAA